AUGGGAAACUGUAAUUUUAGAGCUGAAAGAGAAAAAGACACCACAACUGCUAUUUCUAAGAACUAGUUCCAAUUCUAAUAUGCCAUUGGCAGAGGUGGGUUUGGAAAAGUAUGGAGAGUAGAAAAGAAAAAGGAAAAGGAAGUUUUCGCAAUGAAGGAAAUGUCAAAGGCAAGAGUAAUGGCUAAAAAAAGUGUAUAAUCAGUUAUGAACGAACUCAAACUGCUAUCCUAAAUGAAGAGCCCGUUUUUAGUGAAUAUGCAUUUCGCUUUUUAAGACAGAGAGAAUUUAUAUCUUGUAAUGGAUCUCUUGACUGGAGGUGACUUACGUUAUCAUAUUGCCAGGCAAAGAAAAUUUACUGAGGAAGAGACAAGGUUUUUCAUUGCAUGCCUAAUAUAGGCACUUGAAGUUGUGCAUGGUUGUGGUAUUAUUCACAGAGAUAUCAAGCCUGAAAACCUAGUGUUUGAUGCAGACGGAUAUUUAAGACUUACUGAUUUUGGUAUUGCAAGGUAUUGGAGUCCUGAUAAUGCCUAAGAGACCUCUGGUACUCCAGGCUACAUGGCUCCUGAGGUGAUGUGUAGAUAAAAUCAUGGAGUAGCAGCUGAUUAUUUCGCAGUCGGAGUUAUCGCUUAUGAAUGCAUGAAUGGACGAAGACCCUAUAUAGGGAAAAGCAGAAGAGAAAUAAGAGAAUAAAUUCUAGCAAGACAAGUUCAUAUUAAAAGAUAUGAAAUUCCUGAGGGAUGGUCAAUAGAAGCUGCUGAUUUCAUUAAUAAGUGUCUACAAAGAAAGCCUUCAAAUCGAUUAGGCUUAAAUGGCAAUCAUGAAGUAAAAACACAUGCUUGGCUUAAGGAUUAUUAAUGGCAAAGUUUGCUAGACAGCAAAAUUAAAGCUCCAUUUGUCCCAAGUGCGACUGAGGAUAACUUUGAUCUUAAGCAUGUUAAUAAUAACGAUUGGAAAGAUGCUGAAGCUGUCAAGGAAAAUCAGUUACUUCUUAGAAGAAAUUCUGUUUAAAAUUUAUUCAAAGGCUACUACUAUGAUAAAAAUAAUCACUAACUAGCAACUCCAUCUACUAAAUAAAAUUCCAUAUCGGUCGAUCCACUAAGUAAAGACGUUGAAAAAGAUGAAAAAGAUUUAGAUGGAGAGGAAAAUGUAGACGAAGAUGAUGGAAACGAGAAACAGUGA